UGUCUAUAUGUAUAUAUCGUAUGUGUUGUCCGUAACUUGGAGAUUCGUUUUUUCACCCGCUAAACUUCGUGAUUUGGACUUUUGGUCAAUAGCUAAACACUUGCCCUGGUUUCAGACUCAGGUAGGCUCCUUUGGCUUGCGAGUAUCACCCUUAUGUCUUGGUUGCAUGGGUUAUGGAAAGUCUUGGCAGGAUAUUAUGGGAGAGCAUGUGGAAAACGAGGCCAUCUUGGACACCUAUGUAGAAGCAGGUGGUAACUUUUUGGAUAUGGCCAAUAAGUAUAACGAAGGUGAAACUGAGGAAAUCAUCGGAGAGUGGAUGAAGAAAAGAGGCAAUAGAGAAAGAAUGGUCGUAGCUACCAAGUUUAGUAUAGGAAUGCGGAAAAAUGAUCCUAAUGCUGUGGGUAAUCAUAGAAAGAAUAUGGUUUCAGCCGUAAAGGACUCUUUGAGACGGUUGCAAACUGAUUAUAUUGACUUGCUUUACGUACACUUUUGGGACUUUACAACCCCGAUUGAAGAAGUUAUGAGUAGUUUCCACGAUUUAAUUUCAGCUGGAAAGGUGCACUAUGUUGCUUUUUCGGAUACUCCUGCGUGGGUUGUAGCAAAGGCCAAUACUAUUGCAGAGUUUCGUGGUUGGCCCCGUGUAGCUGCAUACCAAGGAAGAUACUCGCUAUCAGAUCGUACCAUGGAAAGAGAGCUGAUUCCAAUGCUUAGAAGUGAGAAGAUUGCACACGUCCCUUGGGGUGUUUUAGGACAAGGGAAACUUACUGGUAAAUAUCAGAGAGGCACGCAACCAAAGAUACGAGGCGGAAUCACACAAAUGACUGAAAAAGAUUUUCAGUUGCAAGACGUGGUUACAGAUAUUGCGAAGCAACUCAAUGUUUCCAACAGUCAGAUUGUCUUGGCAUGGAUGUUAAACCAUCAACCUGGAACUAUUCCAAUAGUAGGUUGUCGAACAACAGCACAGCUAAAAGAGCAUAUUCAGGCACUCAAUAUCCGACUGAACGCUGAACAAAUGGAGAGACUGAAUGAUGCCAGCUCUAUAGAGCUCGGUUUCCCACAUGACUUUAUAGGUCAGACUUUUAAACAAAAUCCAAUCCUCAAAUAUCGAGGUAAUGAAAAUAUUGAGUUGGAUGAUAUACCUUUGCAAUAAAGAAUAGUGGAUUGUGAUUGUCGUCUUGCAUAAAAUUUGUCAUGAAGACGAUAGUUCUUUGAUAUAUUCCAGUGACUCUUCGGGUGGAUAAAACAUAAAGUCAUCUAGUGAUCCAAAUUCGCCCCUUUUCAAAUUUGUCAAUAAAUCACUCAACUUGUAUACCUGUACUACCGGAUCAAAGUUUUUUUCACUAUUCUUCUUCGCAGCAUUCAACAAACUUUCCAGAUCUUGCUUCUUCAAGAAGAGUGGAAUGAUCCGCUUUACUUGCGGUUGCUCCGAUACUGAGCCUUCUUUCUCCUCACUCUCUUUAUGGAGUGAUAUCUGAACUUCCAGUCUUAGUUUUUCUACUGCAAAUACCGGAACGUCAGCUCGGUCAAAUUUAGUUUUCAAUAUCAAGUCUGCAAACUCCAAAUCUUCCACAUUGGGUGUCAGGUGAAACCUGUCAGAGCUUGAAACAUAGCUAGGGUCUAUCUUCCCCUGAAUAAAACGUUCUGCAACAUCAAGUGUCAAAGGAAAUAUUUUUGUUUUCACCUCAGUGUCUUGCGAAGUCACCAACUCUUCAAACGAAACGGCGUCAUCUUUAUCAACAAAGAAAUAGCCAUCUCGUUGCUUCUCAUUCAUAGGACUUUCCAAUAAAAACGGUUUACCUUCG